ACAUAGGUAAAAAAUUUUUGUUUUUAUUAUGAAAAAUAAUAUAAGUUUCGUUAUCAGUAAUGUUUUUAAAUUAACAGUAAAAAAAUUCAAUACUUAAUAAAUUACUUUUUGCGGAGAUUCAGAGGUUUUGCUGAAUCCACCAAUCAUUCUUGAGAAAUUUAAUAUUAUGAUACCUGUAAAUUAAUUAAUUAAUAGUGCACGUAUAAUUUAAUUCCUCAAUUGGGGCAUUUUGUAGAACCGCAAUAAUAAGAGUGUAGUUUCAGUUCAUUUUUUAGAAUAUUUGCCGAAAGAAAAUUUGAGAUAAAUGUAAAUAUCCAGAUUUAAAAGCAAAUGGACUUGUAUUAUAUUUAUGCACCUAUAAUUUAACAUACAUAUACAUAUAUAAAUGUAUGUACUCAGAAAGCAAAAGUAAAUGGAAAUUUACAAAGAUUUUUUACGGUUAUUGCCAAGCGAAUUAAAGUUUAAAAUAUUGUCGUAUUUGGACUUAAAAGAUUUACUCAGUGCAACACAAGUAUCGAAAGAUUGGUAUACUAUAUGUAAUGACAAUUUUUUAUGGCGGGAAAUAUGUAUAAAAGAACAAAUUUGCACAAACGUUGGAGAAAAUGAUACCCAAAUUUUUAAAUCUAACAGAAAAAUCGAUUCUGAGAUUUCGUUUUGGAAAAUGUGUUAUAUAAGACAAUGUAACUUGGAAAAAUCAUGGAGAAGCCGUCAGACUAACAGUUUCUCAAAAGUAAUUGAAUAUAAUGCUGAAAUGAUCGGUUGUAUCCAAAUAAAUGAAAAGUAUCUUGUAUCUGCAUCAUUGGACGCUGUAAUAAAUGUUUUUUUAAUAAAUACAGGAGAGAAUUUUAAGAAAUUAUUAGGACACAGAAGUGGCGUAAUUUUACUUAAACUAUUAGACAACAUAAUAGUUUCUGGAGAUGGGGAUGGUAUUAUAAAAAUUUGGAAUAUUGAAAAUGGACAAUGUAUUUUUAAUCUUAAUGGACAUACUGCAAGAAUUAGUUGCCUAAGCGUGUAUAAAUGCAAGUAAUUAAAUACUUGUUAGCGGUUCCUGUGAUUUUUCUUUACGUUUUUGGAAUUUUGAAACCGGAAAUUGUUUGAAAGUAUUCAACGGUCAUACAGCUGCCGUUCGAUGCACGGAUUACAAUGGGACAUUUGUAAUAUCUGGAUCUUCGGACAAAACAGUAAAAAUAUGGAAUACAAAUACUGGAGAAUGUAUAAAAACUUUAGAAGGUCAUCGAUAUGAUGUCGUUGCGCUGAGUUUUGACGGAUUAAAUAUUGUAUCAGCUUCAAUUGGUGCAAUAUAUAUUUGGAAUGCUGAAACUGGCUCUAUAAAAAACAACUUAAUGGGAUGUAAAGAUUGUUUUGCUUUCAAAGAAAAAAAUGAUUUGAUUUCUAAUAAAAAUAUGUUUGCUUUCAUCAACGUACUUUAUUCACCAAAUCCUUUUGUUCGUUUCAAAUACGAUAUAAAAAUUUGUGAUUUCGCAACGGGUGAAUAUUUACAAACUAUUACAGAUGAAACAGAAGAAUGUUCUCAAGUAAAAUGUAUGCAGUUUGUUUUGAAUUUUGUGUUAACAAGCACUUAUGGAAGCACAAUAAAACUAUGGGAUAUAAAAUCAGGCAAAUUUAUACGAAAUUUAAUUAACAUAAAUUGGCAUGAGGAUGGAUAUUAUGUUCACGGAUUUCGAGCAAAUGAAACGAAAUUAGUUGUUCUAACACAAAGUAACACUUACAAAAAUAAAAUUAUUAUAAUAAACUUUGAUUUUCAAUGCAAGGGCAUUAACUUUAUGAGGAGCACUAUGCAGAAUCAUAAUUGCAGCGUUACGUAAACAAAAUGAGCAAAACUGCUUCUGGAGUAUGUUGUGCCGUGAAAACCUGCAGGGCAUCAAAGCGGAAGGUUCCAAAUUUAAGAUUAUUUAAAUUUCCCAAAAAUAAUGAGCAUCAACUUAAAGAAUGGUUACAAGCAUGUGGAAUAUCUGAAAUUCCCGGAAUGGGAACUAGGAGAUUUCUAAUUUGUCACCGUCAUUUUAAUCCUGAUCAAAUUGGAGAAGUGUAUUUAAAAAAAAAUGCUGUUCCUCAAAGAUAUUUAGAUACACCUCCACCUAAUAAAAACGACAAUGACCGAGAGCCUUCUAGUUUUGAGCCACAAAAUAGUUUUAUAAAUGAAAUUAAUAUCAAAAAUGAAUUUCCUGUUGCCAAACAAUAUUCAAACAAUAGAUACAGAAAAUCUGGUAGAAGAUGUAUUAUAAGAUCGUGCCGUGCAACGUAUCGUAGCAAUCCAAAAUUAAGAUUUUUUAGUUUUCCUGAUCCAAAAUCGGAUCGUUUUAAAAAAUGGGUAAGCAUAUGUAAACUAACACCGAGCGAUCUUCAGUUAAAAAAUAUUUUGAUAUGUGAAAAACAUUUUUGGAAAGCGGAAUUAUGUGGAAAACGGUACACUGCUGAAGCGGAGCCUAAAUUUUUUCUUUCUGCACCUAGAUAUAAAAUAAUUGGUCCAUCAGAUCCUAACUAUAAAGUAAACGAAAAACAAGAAUUAAAUGAAAAACAUAUUAAACUAGAACCGCUGGUUGGAAAAGAAAAAAGCACAUUAAAUAAGUGUAUUAUCAAAAGUUGCGGUACAACAAGUAAUAACUACGUGGAUAUGAUCAUGUUUCCUAAAGAAGCAGUCAAUCUUUUUGAUGUGUGGUCAGACAUUUUCAAACUUGAUCCAAAUGAAAUAUUUAAUAUUGAUAUUAACGCCAUUAAAGAAAAUGACACUUUAUAUAUUUGUAAAAGACAUUCGUUGUUUCAUAACGAAUAUAAUGGAGAUAUUAGCCCGGUAAAUUUUUUCCGUGAUAUCAAAAGUGAAUAUGACGAAAUAAAUUUUAAUGUUGAGGAUGAUAUUUAUAAUUCUUUGGAAGACAACAUGGAAAGGUCUUUAGAGUUUCCAGAAAUUGACGGCAGUGAAAAUGUUAAAAAAAUCUACGAAAACGAAAUGAUAAAGCUGAAAAAGGAGGCUGAAAAAGAAAAAAUUAAACAUUUAUGUAUAAUUAGUAAUUUAAAAGAAGAAAUUUUCAAAUUGAAAGAUGAACUUAGUAAAUUUCAGUAG